AUGGUGAGUAAAUGGAUAAUGGCAGCUAUAAACGAAUUGAAAAAGAUACAUAUCAUUGAGAAUAUAAGGGUUAUUAUUAAGCAUGAUGAGUGUGAAGAAAACUUAAUUAUAAUGCCAAUUAAUGAAGAGUCAGAGUCAGAAUUCCUUAAUGACAAAUCUCUAUAUACAGUCUAUGUUUAUGAUAUAAUUAAAACAUAUUUUGAUAAUGAACAACGCAGAAUUGUCGUUACGGGACAAAAUCAUCAAAAUAUCCGGAACUAUUUAAUUGAUGUGAUCAAAUGCUAUGGAAAGCGAAAGAAGUAUGCAAUCAGCACGAUACACUUAGCUGUUUUAUAUUUGGAUAUAUACAUGGAUUCGUAUAUUUUAAGUACGGUUGCUGAGCAUCAAAAGUUUGUUGCUUUAGUCGCACUUUUACUGGCUGCAAAGACUGAAGAGAAUGACGAUAAUGUCCCGUCCAUAAAGGAUCUAUUACACAUUGUUGAUUUGACUGAGGAACUUGGCGUUGAUUUCAAAGUAAAACAAAAUUAUACAAGGGAAGAAUUAUCAACAGCUUACAAGGCUUAUUUAAAGCUUUACUGUACACUCGAAUUCAUGAUUUUUCAAACGCUCAAGUUUAACACAAUAUGUCCAACGGCUGUAAGCUUUUUAUUAAUUUUUCAAAAGAUCGCUGUAGUUGAAAAUGAUGUUCAAGACAUGUAUGCUGGUGAUUUGAGUAUUGGUUCAUUCGGAGACUUAAAGUUCUAUGCCUCAGAAUAUAUCAAGUCACUAACAGACAUAAUAUUGCAUGACAUUGUGUUUCAUCAAUUUCUACCGUCAAGAGUUGCUGCUGCUGUAAUUGCUACGACACGAAAGUUAUUAAACAUUAAGACAGUUUGGAAUCUACAACUUGAGUUCCUUACACAUGCUUCAUUUAUGGAUCUUCAGCCAAUUGUGAAUUUAUUCAUUGAAAAACUAAGUACAAUGGACCAAGAAAGCAGCACAUCAGAAGACAGCUAUGACUAUGGAGAUUCCGGAUUUUAUUCAAACGAUUGUGACUUUGAGACAAAUAAUUCAUCCACAACACCUGAACACAGUGAAAACGAGCUAAAUGAAAAUGCAGGACAUGAGCAUAAGAAAGUACGAGUUGAUCAUGAAUUGAAGAUUAUUAAGGCUGAAGAAUAG